CCCAAUGCGCUCCUGCAUAGUGGAUCUUCCUUAGAGCAGCGCCCAGGCGAUCGGAUCCUGGCCUCAGCUUAUAAAGCGAACGUAGAGGCUGACGCGAACCCUGUGCCCAUGCCGGCCGGCGCGCUCGGAGGCAGGAACUUCCUGCCCACUGCUAGCCGCUCCCACUCCCGGCGCGCGCGCGCAGCCGGUGGAAGUGUGACUGAGAAAGGCGCUGUCAGUAACUUUCCGUCUCUGUGAACGGAGCAACCAAAACGACUUCUCGCAGAGUUGCAGAAGGUGCAAAUGCGCCAUUAACUAAUUCCGCGUAAAGUUCCACUCACCGCGCAAGAGAUGUCCCGUCACCCACUCCUUAGGACCUGCCCACUCCUAAGAGGAAGAAAGCAACUAAGAGAAAGUUUGAGGAUGCAAGUUCCGGGAGGCUGUGGCCACGGCGCAGAGGGCGGGCGGCCCAACGGGGUGGGGCUCCGUGCUGUGUUCCCGGUUCUGGUGCUGAUCCUGGGGCUCACGCUGCUCACCGCAGGUUUUCUGGAAGUGGAGAUGGCAGGAAGGACUCAGAUGGUUUUCCUGAAUGAAAAUGCGACUAUCUUUUGCAAGAUCCCUGGUUUCCCACACCUGGACAUCAACAGUAUGGGUAUCACCUGGUUUCGGAAGGCUCAGUUUUCUGAAAUAGAGAUCAAACUGUUUGAAUUUUUUGGAGACCACAAAGUGGCAUUCCGACCUGGAGCCAACGUGUCUCCAUGGAGGCUGAAGAGGGGGGAUGCCUCACUGCAGCUGCCUGGGGUCCAACUGUGGGAAGCAGGAGAGUACCGAUGUGAGUUGGUGGUCACUCCUCAGAAGGCACAGGGGAGAGUCUGGCUGGAAGUUGUAGCUCACCCAGUCAGUAGCUUGUUUCUGGAGCGAGCCGUGGUGAAAGAUAAUGAAGACAGACAUAUUUUGUGUAAGUCAAGUGGAUUCUACCCAGAGUAUAUUAACAUAACAUGGAAAAGGUGGACCCAGAAGGAUCCCCAGUUCCAGGAGAUUUCUGAGGACGUUAUCACUGGCCCCACCAUGAAGAAUGAGGAUGGUACAUUUAAUAUCACCAGCGACUUGAGGCUGAAGCCCUCUCUGGAAGACAAUGUGACCAUCUACCAGUGUGUGGUAUGGCAUGUAUCCUCACUCAUGUGCCAGAGUUUCAACUUCACCCCGAUUCUGAUAGAAUCUGAGAAGAAAACUGACUCGUGGAUUGUUUGGUUGUGUAUUGGAUUAAUCUCUGCUGGACUGAUCAUAUUAAUUUUAUUUUUAUGUUUUUUUCUUUGGAAAAGAUAAGAGGCUGCAAAGCAAAGUUUAGACUUAUGUUUUGGAGUAGACUCUGGGAAUUCAGAAUUCAUGGCCAAUGCAUGGUGUUGGGGAGUUCUCAGGGUUGAUGCUGGGAUAUUCUAAGAUGUGUUUAUGAUGUGUAGAAAUUUAUUACCAAUUUCUAGGUAAUAAAAUUGCCUCCAGUUAUUUAUGAGCCUGCCAAGGCAGAAUCUGUGCAAUAGCUAAUAUAUCUCAUUAUAAAUGCUUUAGGAAAAACAGAAAAAUCGAUUAAUCAAGAAAAAAGGCUGUUUGUCUAAAGCUGACCAACUGAUUCAUAGAGCCUGCUGGAGGGUGAGAGACACCGGAAUCAGAGCCUGCUAGGGGAUGAGAGACCCUGGAAGCUGGAGCUAGUUGCUCUAGUGGAGGCCAGUCUGGAUCAGAUGACAGCCACCGGACAUGUAAGCAAAUCUAGCUGAGAUCAUCAGCAUCAACAGAACCAACUCUCAAAUGCAUGAGAAAUACUUAUUUUUUCUUUUUCUUUUUCUUUUUGGUGGAUGGGCUGUGUCACAGCAUGUGGGAUCUUAAUAUUCCCGGCCAGGGAUCGAACCCGUGUCCCCUACAGUGGAAGCAUGGAGUCUUAACCACUGGAGCGCCAGGGAAGACGCUUUGUUUUUCUUGCUUUCUUUUUUUGAGAAAUACUUAUUUUUUCAAAGCCACUGUGUUUUAGGGUGGUUUGUUACAUAGCAAAAGCUAACUGAUACAGCUCCCCAGGAAGUUGAAUUUUGACCCAAAAGUGUGGUUGCCGUGGAGAUGUGCUGCUGAGAGCCCCUCCAAGACAGAGCCUGCUAUGAAGAGUGUACUUAGCCACCAUGUUCCAGCUAUGGUAUCUCAGGGAUCUGCUGUAGCUUUUGAGCUUAUGCCAUGCUCUCCUGGCCAGCCAAUGGCCGAUCAAGGCAGGAAUCUUUGGAGCUCCCUGUUGGGAUGGCUGAGAUUUUCUUGGAGUUGCACUGUCAUCUGACGCUCUUGCUAGCCAAUCGUCCUUUCUUCCUCCCUUCACAGGUAUAAGACCUACGUCAAAGUUUCAGUCAGAACUGUAGUUAUUUACUUCUGUCUGGUUUACGCUGGAGUAUCUUCCCUUCCCCAAUAAUAAUGGCAUUAUAGGGAAAACUGGAGUUGAUCAAGUGAAGAGUACACAGAGGCAGGGCUGCGUAAUAAAUUGUGUAGUGUAUCACUGCUUUACUCAUUGGCAUCAGUGCCUGGAAGGACCUAAGUAUGGGGGACAGAGAGAAGUUCACACUCCUGUACCCAAGUUGGCCAGUCUAGGUGGCCUGCCUUUCACAUCACUCCAGAGUUGGGCCAGCCCAGAGUGUAAAUAGAGUAGGGUGUAGGUAGAUGGAGAUGUACAAUGCCCCAGUCAGGUGGUCCUGGCACAGAGGAUGCCAGUAAUCUAGAUUCUAAUGCAACAAACCCACUCUCUGGAACUCAGUUCUGACCUUAAUCCCAUUGUUCGGCCUUUCCGCAAUUCCUUUCAAGUUGGAACAGAUCUGUUGUUCUUCAGGCCUGCCCCAGUCUAGGGUCAGCAGCAUUCAUGUCUUCUUCCCCCAAGUCUUCUGCAUGUCUUGGUACAAUAGGGUGUCUGACAGUGGACCUGGGGAGACCUCAAAGGUGAGCCCAGAGAUGUGUGGGGAGCCAGGGCUACUCCCUGCAGCAAGCUCCCUAGGAAAGUUCUCCCUAAAAGAAGAUGUUGGAGAGGAACUCAAGAGCAGGACAGAGCUGGGAGGAUGCUACCUGAGGAGAAUGGGUUCUAUAGAAGCUGGGUGAGUCCUCCCCAGCAGAAAGGCUGGAGGUCCACCUUAGUGGGCCACAUGUGGGCCAUGCAGUGACUGGCUGGAUAUGCCAAAUCCAGAGGCAUUAGGCCUGAGCAGGUUUCCAGUAUGGGUAGGGGGCUAGUUUUCCCAGACUGGCAAUUCAGUUUCACUACUGGAAGAGGGUGGCUUGGCUUCCCUCCUCUCUUGAACUCAGGACUGAGGCCCAGGACACAUGUCACAACACCUGGUGUGAGUUAGGGACAGACAGGAGUGGCAGAUGUGCCCCAUUAGUCUGCAUUGCCACCUGACUGGCUGUGGGAAAGGUAGCCUGGAAGGUAGGGACCCCAGUCCAUUUGCAAGAAGGCGGAAGAUGGAGGGUUCAUCAUACACAUGGGUGGGAGAAAGUGUUGGUGAGGUCCUGUAAUAGGGAAGAAACUUUGUAUUCUAUUACAAGUUAAUCACUAAAGGGAUGUUGCCUAUAAGCUUAAAUUAUACAUAAUGGCCCGUCUCUGGGAACCCUGCCUCCCACUAAUGAGUAUUAAGCUAAAAUACCUUUGUUUAGCUCAAGGGAAACAUCCUGACCAGGCCCACCUGUGAAUGACUGCAGGAAGGAAGAAAUUAACACAUACCCUCUGGAAGCUGACAGGAACCAGGACAUGUUUGACUUUACCCCCUCCCCUUUUAGUAUAAAAGAAGCCUGAAUUUCUAACUCAGGCAAGAUGGUUCUUAGGGGCACGAGCCACCACCUUCUCCGUCUGCUGGUUUUGUGAAUAAAGUCGCUGUUCU